AUGGGAAAAGCCGGUCGUGUCGCGUGUAUCAUCACGCCUUAUCUGUUGACAAUCGCUACAUUGAUUUGUAUUAUCUUCGUGGGUCUGGGAUGUACCAAGGCCAGCUCUAGCACCUUGAACAACAUCUACUUCAUGCGGAUCGACUUAUCGAAUAUCACCAAUGGCACAAAAACCACUUCCGAAAUCGAGAGUAUCCUCAGUGAUUUGGACAUUACCGAUGUCACUUCGUCGGAUGUGAAGACCCUAGUCGACGAUAUAGCCAGCAACGAGGUCGACAGCCUGGUUAAGGAAUUCUACGACAUCGGUCUCAUGGGCUAUUGCGAUGGUCAAAUCAACAACAAGAACUUCAACACCACUUCCUGUUCCGACCCCAAGGCCGAGUUCUACUUCGACCCCCUUGUCGUCUGGGAUCUCAACAGCACCUCCGUUAAGGAUCUCCUGCCGGACGACUACAACAAGGUCAUGAAGGUCUACAAGGCCGUCUCCAAGUGGAUGUUUAUCGCCUACGUCGUCGCUUUCGCCGUCACCAUCAUCGAGAUCCUCGUCGGCAUCUUCGCCAUCUGCAGCCGCUGGGGUAGCUGUGUCACCACCAUUUUCGCCAUUGUCGGCUUCCUCUUCACCGCAGCCGCCUCCAUCACCUCCACCGUUCUAUUCUCCAUCUUUAAGAGUAGUCUGGGAACAACCCUGAAAGCCUACGGCAUCAAAUUGACCAUGGGCAAGAACAUAUUCGCCGCCACCUGGCUCGCCGUCGCCUUCUCCCUCGCUGCCCUGAUCUUCUGGGUCUUCAGCGUCUGCUGCUGCUCUGGUCGCUCCCCCUAUAACCACAAGAACAGAAACAUCCGCAGCAAGGGAUUGACUGCUGAGAAGGCCCCAUACACUUACGAGCCUAUUGGUGCCGGUGCUCAGCCUCCCUUCGGCCACCAGCAGCCAACCUCGUACCCUCCUCCCCCUCCUCCAAACUCCUACCCCAUGACCCACCAGCAGCAGCAUCAUGCGAGCCCUUACGAGCCUUUCCGCCACUCCUAA